CUGUUGGUGUGAACUCUGACCUCACCGUCUGUCGUCGGCUUCACAUUCCGGGAGGAUUUCUGCGGAUUGCAUGAUGAAAGUGUGCCUUUAGCUCAGUUGAUUUUAAGCUGUUUCAUGAGCUGAGUGGCGGCUCCACUCACUUUUUAAUGGGAUUUACUGACACAAAUGGCUUUACGCAUGUCUCGCCUGCUGUCGGGCUCUGUUUGGUUGUGUAGCUAGUUAGCUAUUGGCUAACAGCUAUAUGCUAACAGCUACUCUUACCGCUGAUUCGUGAAAAAAAAGCUCCGCUGUCACGUCUCUUCGCUGGAGAUCAAUGUGAACCAGACGCCAAGAAGUUGGCUAUCUCUGUAGAACUAUAAACGCUCUCCUGUCAAAAUGUGUCCGCUGUCACUUUUACCCAGUGAUGGAAUAAGCCUUCAAAAAACAGUGAGCCACGGUAUUUUGUGUUAGACUGUGGGCUAAGGAAGAAGUGAAAGAAGACCUGUUGGACCGAGCAGACACAAACAGGGACUAAAACCCUGGUUUGGACUAACGACAUCCAGCAUCAAGUGUUAUCGUCCACAACCUCAACCAAUGAUGGCUAACGUUACAGACCUGCAAACCAAGUACAGCAAACUGGCUCAGGAGUAUUCUAAGCUCCGUGCCCAAAACCAGGUGUUAAAGAAGGCAGUUGUGGAUGAACAGGCUAACUCUGCUGCACUUAAGGAGCAGCUAAAGCAGAGGGAGCAGAGUCUGAGGAAGCAGGAGCAGGAGAUGGACAGUCUCAGCUUCCGGAACCAACAGCUGGCCAAGAGGGUGGAGCUGCUGCAGGAGGAGUUAGUUGUCAGUGAAACCAAGGGCAAAAAGGGAAAGAGUAAAGGAGACUCUCCCUCACAGCAUGGUCUGCAGACACAGAGUGUUUUUGAUGAAGACCUACAGAAAAAGAUAGAAGAAAAUGAGCGACUUCAUAUUCAAUUCUAUGAAGCAGAUGAGCAGCACAGGAGGCAAGAGGCGGCACUCAAAGCCCGACUGGAGGAGUUGGAUAAAGAGUCUAAAGAGCAUCAGUCCGUCGUGGACGAACUCACCACUAAGUACAUGGAAACAACAGAGAGACUGCAGGGCGACAAGGCAAGACUGGAGGUGAAAGUGCAGACCUUGGAGAGGGAAACAAAAGAGUGCAGGAUGCGAACAGAAGAAUGUCAGCAGCAGUUGAGAAGGUGUCAGUCGGAGCUGAACAGACAGGUGAAACAAAGCAGCAGUGUUAUUCAGGAGAAAGUGCCCUUCAAUGACACCAAAUAUAGCGACUAUAACAGCUUGAAUGUGCCGCCACACAAUCGAAGGCAUCAGCUUAAGGCCCGGGAUGUGACAGGUCAGGCAUUGAGCUUUAUUCAGGACCUGGUUGCUGCUCUCUUAAACUUCCACACCUACACAGAACAGAGAGUACACAUUUACCCCCGAGACUCUUCUAUUGAACCCAUUUCCCCUCUUAACCAGAAGUUUUCACAGUAUCUCCAUGAGAAUGCUGCCUAUGUGCGCCCUCUGGAGGACAGCUUUCUGCAGUUGCACCAAAGCAUUACAGAAGAUACGGUCACAAUACUAGAGACUGUGGUCAAGCUGAAGGGAUUUGCUGAUACUUUCUCUUCAUACUGCUGCUUUCUACAGAAGAUCCUGCCCUAUCAGCUAAAGAGUCUUGAAGAAGAGUGUGAGGCAUCGCUUUGUUCUGCUGCCCUCACUGCAAAAAACCAGGAGCUUCAGAAUGACAUGAAGAGAGUUACUUCUGUGUUUGACAAGCUGAGGAACUACAUGAAUAUGUUGGCCUUACCCAGUGUUCAGCAAGAUGCUGUUCCACAGAGCAGCAUCUCAGCUGUCUUCACUCAGCUGGCUGCAUGCCUACACAGUCUUCACGAUGCCGUUAAAGAACUCUCAAAGCAUUACAGCCAGAAGGCCAGUUUGGAGCAGGAGCUCCCCACUGUGACCCAGAAGCUCUGCACGACCACGCAGUGCCUGCUGGGAUCUCUGGCUUCUCUCACCAGCAGCACUGGCAAGAUAGCCACGUUCUACAGCAACAACUUGGACUUCUUCACAUCCUCAGGUUACACUCCCAAAGGCAGUGGACUGACCCUCAACCCCUUGCAGGCGGAGAACAUGCUGGCCAACAAAAAGAAAGCUGCUGCCUAUAUCUGUGCAAUACAAAAGCCUAGGCCUCAGUCUGUUCCGUACAGAGAAGCUCUGUCAAAUCGCCGCAUACUCACCAGCUCCACUGAAAGCAGAGAGGGUCUCACCCAACAGGUGCAGCAGAGCCUGGAGAAGAUCACUCGACUGGAGCAGGAGAAGGAGCACUGGCUGUUGGAGGCCCAGCUGGGGAAAGUGCGAUUGGAGAAGGAGAACCAGCGCAUUGCCGAGCUUGAAAUACAGCUUGCUGCUGCUCUGGGUGGAAAUCUAAACUUGCAAACAUCUGGAGGCAGCGUAUCCGAUCUAAGCAACGAGGAAACAACGUCGACAACAGAGCAGAAAACAACAGCGAAGGAGACGACACUCUGUACAAGUCUGGUUGGUAUGUUGUGUACUACUCCUACAGUUGAAAACGCAGGAGACGAAGAGUCUAGAGAGCAGCUGAUCAAGACUCACUACAUGACCAGAGUUGGAGAACUCACCACUCAGCUUCAGAUCUCAGACAGUAAAGCUGUGCACUUCUACUCUGAGUGCCGGGCUUUGGCAAAGAGAUUAUCAAUUGCAGAAAAAACCCGGGAGUCUCUGGGUGAAGAGGUCAAACUAGCUACUCAGGACAUCACACGAUUGCAGGACGAGUUGACUACGACUAAGAGAAGCUAUGAAGACCAGCUUAGCAUGAUGAGUGACCACUUGUGUAGCAUGAAUGACACUUUGAGCAAACAGAGAGAGGAAAUCGACACACUUAAAUUAGGCAGCAAGGGAAACGCCAAAAAGAACAAGGGUCGCUAGAGCUACCAUUCAAAUUCUGGCUCAAUGUGGCAUCACAAAGAACACUUUGAGAGAUGUGUGGGACUAUGCAGCCUCAUCAGCAGAGUUCUGGUACCAACACUACCGCUGUGGCCAAAUCACAAGAUGGCUUUACAAGCCUCAGAUUCCUCUACUGUCAGUUGGUGUCAGCAAAAAUGAACUCCACGUGGGCUGUAACGUGGUUGACUGAGGAAGUAGCUUUUUUUAAAAUAUGUCUUUGUCACAAUAUCAGAUGAAAAAACCAUGAUUUUGUUUAAAAAUUGUUUUGUGAAACUGUACCCAAAGCUGUCGCUUGACUUGUAUGACAAACAGUAACAGCUUAUCUCCAGAAGGGACAGAAAGGGACAAACAACUUGAAGACCAAACCCUGCCUGUCAGUGUGAGUUGCUGUAUGUGCGCAGAUUAAAGUGUGCACCAAAUUAAAUAUGUUUAACAUUUAGAUUUUUAAUGAUAAACAGUGAAAUUAUUAAUGAAAGUGGCUCCAAGGGGCUGUGUGGAGAUAAACAGUAUAAUAUCCCUUCUGUCAUUAUUGCAUAUAUAAUGAGAUCUUUUUAAAAAAUAUAUAAGAAAAGCUGAAAAGAGAAAUGUCAAAGACCUACAUGAGUGCAUUCCAAGUUUCAAUCAUGUGGGAGUUAAGAUGGAAAAACAAAUGUAAUCUGCCUUGAUGUUCUGAUUAACUGUGUGGACCAAUAGAACACGGUUAAGAUGAGCAAGCUGUAGCUCGUUUAAAGUCUUGUCUGUCUGUGUAAACUAUCAUAACAACUCAUCUAUCACCCAAGUGUGGACGUGCACUAGUGUGGCCAGUCUUGACAUUUAUAUAAAUAUUUAUAUAUGUUAUGAGACAGAUUCCUCUAAGGUUUGAGAGGCGAUUGCACAAACUGUAUCUAAGUGGUGCUUAGAUGACCUGACUCAUGUAAUGUGAAAAGUUUACGGCAAAAUAAUGGCUCACUGUAAUAUGAGAUCAUUGAAGGAGAAGCGUCAGACUUUACCUGUCCAACCCUUUUGGCAACCCUUUGAUCACAAAGAUUUGCCAACGCCCUCUGACCCAGUAAAAAUAAUAAAUAACUCUUGUACUCUUGUAGUAUAACCUGUUAAAAAGCACAUAUGAAUUAAUAUGUGAAACAGUUACAAAAAGCUUGAUGAACUGAACUGUGUAGUGCUUUAAUAAAUCCAUGUGGCCAGA